GCGGUGCUAUGGUGCCGCCGCCGCCUCUGUCGCCGCCUCUCUGCACGCUGCCGCCGGGGCCCGGGCCCCCGCGCUUCGUGUGCUAUUGCGAGGGGGAGGGAAGCGAGGACGGAGGCCGCGGCGGCUUCAACCUCUAUGUGACGGACGCCGCGGAACUCUGGAGCACCUGCUUCACGGCGGACAGCCUGGAGGCCCUCAAAGCCCGUUUGGGCCUGAGUGCGGCUGAGGAGAUCACCCCCCGGUUCAGGGCAGCCUGUGAGCAGCAAGCUGUGACUUUCGCCCUGCGGGAGGAUGGAGCAUCCCUAACCCUUUCCGGGGGGCCCUGGGCCCUGGAUUUUGAGCUCUCCAAGGUGCCGGGCCCAGAGGCAGCCUCCAGGUUGCAGGCACUGACACUGGGUCUGGCAGAGCAAGUGUGCAACUUGAAGAGGCAGCUGGCAGGCCUGCAGGUGACAGCCACCAGCCCCAAAAAGAGCCCUUGUCUGGCAGGGCCUCAGUUCUUCUUACCAGACCCGGACCCUCAGAGAGGUGGCCCUGGACUUGGGGUCAGGAGGCGGUGUCCAGGAGAGUCCCUCAUCAACCCUGGCUUCAAGAGUAAGAAACCAGCCAGUGGUGUAGACUUUGACAGCCCCUGAAGGCGCAGCACCAAGUGUGACCCUGCCGGGAGUCUGCUCAUGCGGUGGGGACAGCCCCUGAGACCCCACAGCCCGUCCUGCUGCCAGAGGGGAACAAACCUGCUCCUCGGACCCCUUCCCCAUUAAAUAAAUGGCUUCCUCAGGUGGAGGAAACGGC